AACAACCCUAAAGACAACUACGACUAAGACUUCCACAGAGCCAAACACCGAUAAAACAACAACCGGAAAAACCACCACAGAGCCAACAAGUCAAGAAACAACAACCUUAAAAUCUACAACAGAGCCACAGACACAGAAGACGACUACUACAAAAACUACCACGGAGCCAACUACCGAGAGAACGACGACACCAAGUACUACACCGGCGCCAACGACUCAUAAGACAACAACCUUGAAAUCUACAACAGAGCCAACAACCCGAAAGACAACUACGACAAAGACUACCACAGAGCCAAACACCAGGAAAACAACAACCGCAAAAACCACCACAGAGCCAACGAGUCAAGAAACAACAACCUUAAAAUCUACAACAGAGCCAGCAACCCAGAAGACGACUACUACAAACACUACCAUGGAGCCAACUACCGAGAGAACAACGACACCAAGUACUACACUUGCGCCAACGACUCAUAAGACAACAACCUUGAAAUCUACAACCGAGCCAACAACCCGAAAGACAACUACGACUAAGACUUCCACAGAGCCAAACACCGAUAAAACAACAACCGGAAAAACCACCACAGAGCCAACAAGUCAAGAAACAACAACCUUAAAAUCUACAACAGAGCCACAGACACAGAAGACGACUUCUACAAAAACUACCACGGAGCCAACUACCGAGAGAACAACGACACCAAGUACUACACCAGAGGAUACGACUCAUAAGACAACAACCUUGAAAUCUACAACCGAGCCAACAACCCGAAAGACAACUACGACUAAGACGUCCACAGAGCCAAACACCGAGAAAACAACAACCGGAAAAACCACCACAGAGCCAACGAGUCAAGAAACAACAACCAUUAAAUCUACAUCAGAGCCAGCAACCCAGAAGACGACUACUACAAAAACUACCACGGAGCCAACUACCGAGAGAACAACGACACCAAGUACUACACCGGCGCCAACGACUCAUAAGACAACAACCUUGAAAUCUACAACCGAGCCAACAACCCGAAAGACAACUACGACUAAGACCUCCACAGAGCCAAACACAAAGAAAGCAACAACGGGAAAAACCACCACAGAGCCAACGAGUCAAGAAACAACAACCAUUAAAUCUACAUCAGAGCCAGCAACCCAGAAGACGACUACUACAAAAACUACCAAGGAGCCAACUACCGAGAGAACAACGACACCAAGUACUACACCGGAGCCAACGACUCAUAAGACAACAACCUUGAAAUCUACAACCGAGCCAACAACCCGAAAGACAACUACGACUAAGACUUCCACAGAGCCAAACACCGAGAAAACAACAACCGGAAAGACCACCACAGAGCCAACGAGUCAAGAAACAACAACCUUAAAAUCUACAACAAAGCCACAGACACAGAAGACGACUACUACAAAAACUACCACGGAGCCAACUACCGAGAGAACAACGACACCAAGUACUACACCGGAGCCAACGACUCAUGAGACAACAACCUUGAAAUCUACAACCAAGCCAACAACCCGAAAGACAACUACGACUAAGACCUCCACAGAGCCAAGCACAGAGAAAGCAAUAACGGGAAAAACCACCACAGAGCCAACGAGUCAAGAAACAACAACCAUUAAAUCUACAUCAGAGCCAGCAACCCAGAAGACGACUACUACAGAAACUACCACGGAGCCAACUACCGAGAGAACAACGACACCAAUUACUACAUUGGAGACAACGACUCAUGAGACAACAACCUUGAAAUCUACAACAGAGCCAACAACCCGAAAGACAACUACGACUAAGACGUCCACAGAGCCAAACACCGAGAAAACAACAACCGGAAAAACCACCACAGAGCCUACAACUCAAGAAACAACAACCCUAAAGUCUACAACAGAGCUACAGACACAGAAGACGACUACUACAAAAACUACCACGGAGGCAACCACCGAGAGAACAACGACUCACAGGACAACAACCUUGAAAUCUACAACAGAGCCAACAACACGAAAGACAACUACAACAAAGACUUCCACAGAGCCAAACACCGAGAAAACUACAACCGGAAAAACCACCACAGAGCCAACGAGUCAAGAAACAACAACCUUAAAAUCUACAACAGAGCCACAGACGACGACUACUACAAAAGCUACCAAGGAGCCAACUACCGAGAGAACAACGACACCAAGUACUUCACCGGAGCUAACGACUCAUAAGACAACAACCUUGAAAUCUACAACCGAGCCAACAACACGAAAGACAACUAAGACAAAGACUUCCACAGAGCCAAACACCGAGAAAACAACAACCGCAAAAACCACCACAGAGCCAACGAGUCAAGAAACAACAACCUUCAAAUCUACAUCAGAGCCAGCAACCCAGAAGACGACUACUACAAAAACUACCACGGAGCCAACUACCGAAAGAACAACGACACCAAGUACUACAUCGGAGCCAACGACUCAUAAGACAACAACCUUGAAAUCUACAACAGAGCCAACAACCCGAAAGACAACAACCCGAAAGACAACUACGACAAACACUUCCACAGAGCCAAACACCGAGAAAACAACAACCGCAAAAACCACCACAGAGCCAACAAGUCAAGAAACAACAACCAUUAUAUCUACAACAGAGCCAGCAACCCAAAAGACGACGACUACAAAAACUACCACGGAGCCAACUACCGAGAGAACAACGACACCAAGUACUACACCGGAGCCAACGACUCAUAAGACAACAACCUUGAAAUCUACAACACAGCCAACAACCCGAAAGACAACUACGACUAAGACUUCCACAGAGCCAAACAUCGUGAAAACAACAACCGGAAAAACCACCACAGAGCCAACGAGUCAAGAAACAACAACCUUAAAAUCUACAACAGAGCCACAGAAACAGACGAAGACUACUAUAAAGACUACCACGGAGCCAACUACCGAGAGAACAACGACACCAAGUACUACACCGGAGCCAACGACUCAUAAGACAACAACCUUGAAAUCUACAACCGAGCCAACAACCCGAAAGACAACUACGACUAAGACUUCCACAGAGCCAAACACCGAGAAAACAACAACCGGAAAAACCACCACAGAGCCAACGAGUCAAGAAACAACAACCUUAAAAUCUACAACAGAGCCAACGAACCAGAAGACGACUACUACAAAAGCUACCACGGAGCCAAGCACCGAGAGGACAACGACACCAAGUACUCAUAAGACAACAACAUUGAAAUCUACAACAGAGCUUACAACCCGAAAGACGACUCAUAAGACAACAACCUUGAAAUCUACAACAGAACCAACAACUCGAAAGACGACUCAUAAGACAACAACCUUGAAAUCUACAACAGAGCCAACAACACGAAAGACAACUACGACAAAGUCUUCUACAAAGCCAAACAACGAGAAAACUACAACCGGAAAAACCACCACGAGUCAGGAAACAACCACCUUAAAAUCUACAACAGAGCCAACGAACCAGAAGACGACUUCUACAAAAGCUACCACGGAGCCAAGCACCGAGAGGACAACGACACCAAGUACUACACCGGAGCCAACGACUCAUAAGACAACAACCUUGAAAUCUACAACAGAGCCAACAACCCGAAAGACGACCCAUAAGACAACCACCUUGAAAUCUACAACAGAGCCAACAACCCGAAAGACAACUACGACUAAGACUUCCACAGAGCCAAGCACCGAGAAAACAACAACCGGAAAAACUACCACAGAGCCAACAGGUCAAGUAACAACAACCAUUAAAUCUACAACAGAGCCAACAACCCAGAAGACGACCACGACAAAAACUACCACGGAGCCAACUACCGAGAGAACAACGAAGCCAAGUACUACACCGGAGCCAACGACUCAUGAGACAACAACCUUGAAAUCUACAACCGAGCCAAAAACCCGAAAGACAACUACGACUAAGACGUCCACAGAGCCAAACACCGAGAAAACAACAACCGGAAAAACCACCACAGAGCCAACGAGUCAAGAAACAACAACCUUAAAAUCUACAACAGAGCCACAGACGACGACUACUACAAAAGCUACCACGGAGCCAACUACCGAGAGAACAACGACACCAAGUACUUCACCGGAGCUAACGACUCAUAAGACAACAACCUUGAAAUCUACAACCGAGCCAACAACCCGAAAGACAACUACGACAAAGACUUCCACAGAGCCAAGCACCGAGAAAACAACAACCGAAAAAACCACCACAGAGCCAACGAGUGAAGAAACAACCACCAUUAAAUCUACAUCAGAGCCAGCAACCCAGAAGACGACUACUACAAAAACUACCACGGAGCCAACUACCGAAAGAACAACGACACCAAGUACUACAUCGGAGCCAACGACUCAUAAGACAACAACCUUGAAAUCUACAACAGAGCCAACUACCCGAAAGACAACAACCCGAAAGACAACAACCCGAAAGACAACUACGACAAAGACUUCCACAGAGCCAAACACCGAGAAAACAACAACCGCAAAAACCACCACAGAGCCAACAAGUCAAGAAACAACAACCAUUAUAUCUACAACAGAGCCAGCAACCCAAAAGACGACGACUACAAAAACUACCACGGAGCCAACUACCGAGAGAACAACGACACCAAGUACUACACCGGAGCCAACGACUCAUAAGACAACAACCUUGAAAUCUACAACACAGCCAACAACCCGAAAGACAACUACGACUAAGACUUCCACAGAGCCAAACAUCGUGAAAACAACAACCGGAAAAACCACCACAGAGCCAACGAGUCAAGAAACAACAACCUUAAAAUCUACAACAGAGCCACAGAAACAGACGAAGACUACUAUAAAGACUACCACGGAGCCAACUACCGAGAGAACAACGACACCAAGUACUACACCGGAGCCAACGACUCAUAAGACAACAACCUUGAAAUCUACAACCGAGCCAACAACCCGAAAGACAACUACGACUAAGACUUCCACAGAGCCAAACACCGAGAAAACAACAACCGGAAAAACCACCACAGAGCCAACGAGUCAAGAAACAACAACCUUAAAAUCUACAACAGAGCCAACGAACCAGAAGACGACUACUACAAAAGCUACCACGGAGCCAAGCACCGAGAGGACAACGACACCAAGUACUCAUAAGACAACAACAUUGAAAUCUACAACAGAGCCAACAACCCGAAAGACGACUCAUAAGACAACAACCUUGAAAUCUACAACAGAACCAACAACUCGAAAGACGACUCAUAAGACAACAACCUUGAAAUCUACAACAGAGCCAACAACACGAAAGACAACUACGACAAAGUCUUCUACAGAGCCAAACAACGAGAAAACUACAACCGGAAAAACCACCACGAGUCAGGAAACAACCACCUUAAAAUCUACAACAGAGCCAAAGAACCACAAGACGACUACUACAAAAACUACCACGGAGCCAACUACCGAGAGAACAACGACACCAAGUACUACACCGGAGCCAACGACUCAUAAGACAACAACCUUGAAAUCUACAACAGAGCCAACAACCCGACAGACGACCCAUAAGACAACCACCUUGAAAUCUACAACAGAGCCAACAACCCGAAAGACAACUACGACUAAGACUUCCACAGAGCCAAGCACCGAGAAAACAACAACCGGAAAAUCUACAACAGAGCCAACAACCCAGAAGACGACCACGACAAAAACUACCACGGAGCCAACUACCGAGAGAACAACGAAGCCAAGUACUACACCGGAGCCAACGACUCAUGAGACAACAACCUUGAAAUCUACAACCGAGCCAACAACCCGAAAGACAACUACGACUAAGACGUCCACAGAGCCAAACACCGAGAAAACAACAAUCGGAAAAACCACCACAGAGCCAACGAGUCAAGAAACAACAACCUUAAAAUCUACAACAGAGCCACAGACGACGACUACUACAAAAGCUACCACGGAGCCAACUACCGAGAGAACAACGACACCAAGUACUACACCGGAGCCAACGACUCAUAAGACAACAACCUUGAAAUCUACAACCGAGCCAACAACCCGAAAGACAACUACGACUAAGACUUCCACAGAGCCAAACACCGAGAAAACAACAACCGGAAAAACCACCACAGAGCCAACGAGUCAAGAAACAACAACCUUAAAAUCUACAACAGAGCCACAGACGACGACUACUACAAAAGCUACCACGGAGCCAAGCACCGAGAGGACAACGACACCAAGUACUACACCGGAGCCAACGACUCAUAAGACAACAACCUUGAUAUCUACAACAGAGCCAACAACCCGAAAGACGACUCAUAAGACAACCACCUUGAAAUCUACAUCAGAGCCAACAACGCCAAAGACAAGUACGACAAAGACUUCCACAGAGCCAAACACCAAUAAAACAACAACCGGAAAAACCACCACAGAGCCAACGACAAAGACUUCCACAGAGCCAAACAACGAGAAAACAACAACCGGAAAAACUACCACAGAGCCAACAAGUCAAGUAACAACAACCAUUAAAUCUACAACAGAGCCAACCACCCAGAAGACGUCCACGACAAAAACUACCACGGAGCAAACUACCGAUAGAACAACGAAACCAAUUACUACACCGGAGCCAACGACUCAUAAGACAACAACCUUGAAAUCUACAACAGAGCCAACAACCCGAAAGACGACCCAUAAGACAACCACCUUGAAAUCUACAACAGAGCCAACAACCCGAAAGACAACUACGACUAAGACUUCCACAGAGCCAAGCACCGAGAAAACAACAACCGGAAAAACCACCACAGAGCCAACAAGUCAAGUAACAACAACCAUUAAAUCUACAACAGAGCCAACAACCCAGAAGACGACCACGACAAAAACUACCACGGAGCAAACUACCGAUAGAACAACGAAACCAAUUACUACACCGGAGCCAACGACUUACAAGACAACAACUUUGAAAUCUACAACAGAGCCAACAACCCGAAAGACGACUCAUAAGACAACAACCUUGAAAUCUACAACAGAGCCAACAACGCCAAAGACGAGUACGACUAAGACUUCCACAGAGCCAAACACCGAGAAAACAACAACCGGAAAAACUACUACUACAAAGUCUACCACCGAGAAAACAGCAACUACAAAAGAGCGAACAACGCCAAGGACUUCAAAUAAGCCAAUCACUGAAAAAAACACAACAACGAGGACUACCACAGUACCUCAGAAGACAACAACCAUUAAAUCUACAACAGAGCCAACAAUUCAAAAGACAACAACCCAAAAAACAACAGCCGUAAUGAGUACUCGUAAGCCAACAACCAAAAGGAAAACUACAACAGAGCCAACAACCAUAAGGACAACAACUGUAAAGUCUUCUACAGAGCCAACAAUUGUUAAGACUACAGAAGAACCAACAACUCAGAAAACAACUACUCGUAAGCCAACAACCAAAAGGAAAACUACUGUAAAGACUACAACAGAGCCAACAACCAUAAGGACAACAACUGUAAAGUCUUCUACAGAGCCAACAACUGUUAAGACUACAGAAGAACCAACAACUCAGAAAACAACUACUCGUAAGCCAACAACCAAAAGGAAAACUACUGUAAAGACUACAACAGAGCCUAAAACUAGAAAAACAACAACUGUAAGGACCACCCAUGAGCCAACUACAAAAAGGACAACAACUGUAAAACCUACCCGUGAGCCAACAGAACCAACAACGCCAAAGGCAACUACUCCAACGACUACUUUAAAGCCAACAACGGUGGAGACAACAACUAAAAAUACAACUCAGGAGCCCACGACAUUAGAAACAACAGCCGUUCCGACAGCCACCGAUUUGUCAAAUCAGAAUGGAACGACCACUGAAUUGAGUACUACCGAAAGGCAACAUGUCCACCACCAUCACCAUAUUCAUUAUCACAGGCCAGCUGAUCCCGGCUUGUCCUUUCUUCCACUUCCUGAUCUUCCCCCUCUGCCGCUGCCUCUGCCUUGGCCACCUCUGCCCCUUCCUGAAUUUCCUCUUCCCUUGCCUCCUCCACCUCCCGCGUUGCCUGGUCUGCCGCCCGCUUUGCCUGCUCUGCCUCCAUUGCCACCAUUGCCAGCAUUGCCACCAUUGCCCCCAUUGCCGGAAUUUAAUUUAACAGCAAUAUCCUUACCUGAAAUUCCUCUUCCCAAUCUUCCACCACUGCCACAAUUGCCAAAUCCUUUCGGGAGUUUUCCAAACUUUUUUUGGAGAUCAUUUAACAACACAAAUAAAUCGCCUUCCUUGUAAUAAAACAAAACUAACAACAUAAAAUAUCAGUAUUAACAGCAAAAGUACCCUAAAUUACCCUAGCAGUAAUAAUUUAUAUUCAAAAAUAUAUGCCCACAAAAGAGUCGAUUCAUUUUAGGGAAAGCCAUUAUAAUUUAAAACAAAGAUUUUUUUUUAAAUAAAAAUGAUUUAUAAAUCCUUUUAAAGAACUAUGUACGAGUUAUUUUGUGAAAGGAACAUAACUUCCUAAGAUGACAGAAUAAAAUAAGAUUAAUGAUUAAUUUAAUGAUUUCUAUAAAAAAACAAUGUUCAAUGAAAAUUAUGUUUCUUAUCAAUACGAAAAAAU